AUGACUGGCCGUGGUAAGGGAGGAAAAGGAUUGGGAAAAGGAGGAGCGAAGAGACAUCGUAAAGUACUUCGUGAUAACAUCCAGGGUAUCACCAAGCCAGCUAUCCGUCGUUUGGCACGUCGUGGUGGAGUCAAGCGUAUCUCCGGAUUAAUUUACGAGGAGACACGUGGUGUACUGAAGGUGUUUUUAGAAAACGUUAUUCGUGACGCGGUUACCUACACCGAGCAUGCGAAAAGAAAGACUGUGACUGCCAUGGACGUCGUCUACGCCCUGAAACGCCAAGGAAGAACCCUAUACGGCUUCGGCGGUUAA